UUUCUUUUUCAGUUGAGCACCAUGAUUUCCAGUCGAGCGGACGUUCAUGGCCAAGUCUCCUCGAUUCGGCCGUCAUUUGAUCGACAGUUGCUGUUGUGAAAAUUGUGUCCCAGUGUGUUUGUUCCGCCAUUUGUCCCCAAGUGUCUUCGGCGUCUCUCGGGCUUCAAAACGUUGGUGAAAGUUAAAACAGUGAAGCAAGAAAAAAAAACCAGCACUCUGAGGAAUACAGUUGUAAUGACACAUCAACGUUUCAUUUUUUUGAAAUGAGCAAGUGCUAUUAGUUGGUGAAGGGAAGUGAAAAAGAAGGACAUCCGUCACUGUCGUUGGAAGUAUUGCAGACCAGAAAAUGGUUGCCUAACGUUUUAUCUCUUUUUGUGUGUGUGCCGUGACACGAGAAAAACUAGACAGUGAAUCUGAUUUAUGCAUAAACGCUAUGGGAGCCAAUAUGGGCAAAACGAAUGGUGGUUCCCUGCUGGAGAAUCUGACGUUGCCGUCGACUCAUCCGACGCUGCACAUCGUCAUGCUCGGCUUGGACAGCGCCGGCAAGACGACUGCUCUCUACCGGCUAAAGUUCGAUCAAUACGUCAACACGGUUCCAACGAUAGGCUUCAAUUGCGAAAAAAUCCGAGCCUUGUCAGGCAAAGCCAAGGGUACUCAGUUUCUAGUCUGGGAUGUAGGUGGGCAAGAAAAGUUGCGGCCUUUAUGGAAGUCCUACACUCGUUGUACAGAUGCCAUCGUGUUUGUCGUCGACAGCGUCGAUGUGGAGCGAAUGGAAGAAGCUAAAAUGGAGUUGAUGCGGACGGCCAAGAGCCCGGACAACAGUCAAGUCCCCAUUCUAAUCCUGGCAAAUAAACAGGACCUACCGGGUGCUCGCGAUCCAAAAGAGAUUGAAAAACAUCUAGGACUUCACGAACUCGGCACCGGCCAUCUGUACCACGUCCAGCCGGCCUGCGCCAUUACUGGUGAAGGUCUCGACGACGGACUCGAUAUUCUCUACGAAAUGAUUCACAAACGCAAGAAACACUCAAAAAUGACGCGAAAUAAAAAUAAAAUACCCACCAAAUAAGUACGACGGAAAUAUAUUUUGGACAAAGGAAGGAUCCACGCACCAAAGACGUUGCCUGGCAGCAGCAUAACACGGCAUAUAUAUAUAAAUAACAAAACAAAAAACGGGAUUGUGGUAUUAUUUUUCCGCUCUCUUGGCUUCUAUCCUUUUGCUGCUCAUCACGUGUGCAAAAAAAAAGAGGAAGUUGAGAAACACUUAAAGUCGUGUAUUAUUUUGACUCUUUUUUUUCUUGUACAAUUGUAAAAGUUUUGUUCUUUUUUCUCUGUCGUGUCUUCACGUGUGUGUGUGUGUGUUUCGUUUGUUUGUACAUGUAAAAGCGUGCGUGUUGUAAAAGCCAAUGUGAUACGAAGAAGAAAACGGCAAAAAAAAAUAAUAAGAUAAGGAUAUACGAAAAGAAAAAAUACAGUGUCUGUUCUUUCA